AAAAUACAUCAAGCUUCUGAACUGUUUCUACAUAUGGGUCUAACGCUGCUAAAGUAUCGUUAUAAACGUGGAAAUGGCGUUGAAUAUAGCUGCGGUUUUCGUCGAGGUUCGAUAAGCUGCCUGGACUCAGGAUGUGGUUAGAAACAUCUACAAAAAAAAAAACUUUCUUCUGAAGCGUCUGAAUAGGAGUUGUUCUCUUCUUCGUUUCUGAUCGAGUUGACCUUUUCGUGUUAAUUCUGUUCACCAAAUUUAUGUAGCCUACGUCGAAGUGGCACGGCCCCAUUGCUUUAAUACGCCCAAUGCUAAAACAAUACUAGAAAAACGCUGUAGUAUUUCUGACUAAUACCGUGUGUGUAUGUUGAGGAUCUUUUAUCGUUCUUUAUAUGUCAGUUCUGCUAGUAAUUAUAUAGGUUCACCAACAGGAAUAUUACAAAUGCUGCAUGCCAGAAAAAUCUGUGAACGAAUGUGACUACAACGUUGAUAUAGGUUGUCUAGUUUUUAGCGAACACUUGCAUUGCCGUACAAAACACUGCACGCUGGUUACACAAGACUGGGUGGACUUAAAAAAUAAGAACCUCUAGAGAGCGAGAAAGAGCUAAGUUGCUUAAAUGCGGAAUGCGAGUAAAUGGUAUGUUACUACUCCGGACUCUCUCGUGGAUACUCCGCACCUGCAUGAUAAAACAGCUAAUUGGUCAGACGUCUCCUGUAAUGAAACGCCCCGAAGGCGAGACGCUGCCUUUGGGGAGGUGCGGGUCCCGGGUGGCUUAUCAGAUCUUGCUCUCUCUCCUGUCGCUUUCUGAUCUCUCUGUGAUCGUUCCUCCACACCAUGAGCGCAGUUUACUGGCUCCUGUUGCUCAGCGCGCUGGCCGGAUCCUCAGCCCAGGAAACCCUCCCUCUCGCUGGGCAUAAACACAGACCUGUUCCUGGCUCGAGCCACAACAUCAGCAAAAAUGACCCAGGGGUUCAAAAUGCCGUGCUGGUGUCAACGUACACAUUCAACAAUGAGUCCAAUGACAUAUUCUUCUUCAGGGUGUAUGCCAUCAAAGUUGCUCAGAUACAGAUUGUGAAGGGUAUCAAGUACGUUCUGGAGGUGACCAUCUCACGCACCAUCUGCAGGAAGAGCAUGUCUCCACCCAGCCUUGACAAAUGUCCCUUCCAGCCUGAGGGAGCACUCCAGCAGAUGUUCAACUGUCAUUUUGAAGUGUGGGCCAUUCCAUGGAAGCACUGGAGCAAAGUGACUUCCUUUGUGUGCCACCCGCCCAGCCGCUUGCUGCCUACAGGAAGUGAGGUGGCUCGACGCUGAGUAGCCGGGCCCCCACCCAGAUGCACUCGCCAUGUGCUGAAACUGAUGCAGUGACUAAUACUCUAAGUCCACUUUUUCCACAGUUGAGGUGACUCGUCCCUUACACCCCCCAAAUUAAAUCGUUAAAUUCCUCACCGCUUCUUAAUUUUAUCCUGACCUGACUGCCAGACAUAUUUGUUUCAUAACUUGAUGUACUUUCUGGAAGCGCUUACAUAAUGGAAUUGGUGUAUGGAUGACUGAUAAUUGUGUGCUGCAGGAAAUGCAGCAAGAAGCCUUUUCACACCCCCUGACUGAGCAGGCAGCUCAAACCACAGGCACUAGCACCGUCUGCAAGCAGCACUAACUAGCUGUCAUGCCGCUAGCCUCAAGCUGUGAAUUCAAGAGCACCGGCUUAACUCAGAAACAUUCUCCUGACUUGUUCACUGCACCAUGCUGUAAGCAAGCACUUCUACUACAGAUCAACUUAAGAGCUUGAGUGUGAAAAUUUACCUUUACAGCUCCCCAUUUCAGCUUCUUAACCGCAAUGUUAUGGUUCAACCGGUUGAUUUUUAGAUUUUCCUUCUUUAAUGGUUAAAAAGCUGCAUUUAGCUGCCUGUGGAAUAGAAACCAAAUCUGCCCCCACCACCCCAGCCACACACUUUUCAAACUGAGUGCUGCUUCCGCAUACUUAUUUCCCCAUUUUCUGAUAAAAUGAAGCAGAACUAAUUUUUUCCAUAAGCAAACAAAAACUGCUGAAAUAAAUGCACACUUAACCCGA